CACGCCGUUCGUACCAUUCGAACAUGCUGUAGUGCACUCUAGCGUGGAGUCGUCGUCCGGCUGCUGGCGGAGUAGGCGUGAUUGUGUGUCAAGCUGUCACUGGAGACAUGGCUCCCCUCGUGCUCGGCUACUGGGACAUUCGGGGCCUCGGCCAGCCCAUCCGCUACUUGCUGGCCCACGCCGGAGUCCCCUACGAGGACAAGAGGUAUGGCUUCGGCGACGGCCCGGAACCCAGCCGGGACGAGUGGCUGGCGGUGAAGUACGAGCUGGACCUGGACUUCCCUAACCUGCCCUACAUCAUCGAUGGCGACGUGCGGAUGACUCAUAGCCAGGCCAUUCUGCGCUACCUGGGACGCAAGCACGGCCUAGCACCGAAGGACGAGGAAACAGUGCGCAGGGUUGAAAUGCUCGAGCACCAGGCCUCUGACAUCGGGUGGGCUGCAGUGCGCGUCUGCCACAGUCCCGACUACACCGAGGAGAAGCGGGUCCAGUUCCUGGUCGACAUCGCGGACAAGCUGCGCCAGGUCGACACCUACCUGGCCAAGCACGGGUCUUUCGGCGCAGGGAAGAGUGUCACAUACGUGGACUUUCUCCUCUAUGAGGCUCUCCAGGUACGUGGCUGCAAGAUCAGCACCGAUGUUUGA